UGGUUGAGAAAUACAAAUUUGGUUGACUCACCCUUCUCUCUCUCCUACUUCCUAGUUUUCCUGUUUCACUACAUCCCUCCUUCUAUAUGCACUCACCUGUCUACUCUCUUUUUGUACCAACAACCAACAUACCUCACUCACUCACUCCCCUCACUCUCUUCUUCUUCUUCUUCUUCUUCUUCUUCUUCUUCUUCUUCUUCUUCACUUCCACAAUUCAUCAAACACCUUCCACUCAUCAUUUUCUUCACCUCUAACCACUACUUCCAUUGUUUCUUUCAAUAUCUCAAACCAAAAUCUCAUAACCCUUUAUGGCUAAAUGUCCAUAAACGAAUCCCAAACUCAUCACAACAAUGUUGAAACCAAAACCACAUUCACAACACCAAUUUCUUCAAAAACCCACCCAAUUUUGACCCUUCAAUUAAAAGAACCACAAGACACAAUUUUUCCUACAAAUUCAACCACCCUUUUAACCAAAACAAUGACUUCAACAAACUCUACUUCAACAGAACCACUACCUUCUCCAGAUGAAAUCGCCAUUAAAGCUGUUAAUAAACGCUAUGAAGGUCUUGUUACAGUUAGAACCAAAGCUAUCAAAGGUAAAGGUGCUUGGUAUUGGAAUCAUCUUGAACCAAUUUUGGUUCGAAAUCCUGAUUCAGGUGUUCCUAAAUCUGUUAAACUUAAGUGUUGUUUGUGUGAUUCUGUUUUUUCUGCUUCAAAUCCUUCAAGAACAGCUUCUGAACAUUUAAAGCGUGGAACUUGUUCUAAUUUUAACAAUUCUGGGUUUAAAAAUGAACCCGGUUCGGUUCCUUCUCCGGUUCCUAUUUCGUCGGUUUCCGGUUCGAACCGGAAAAGAGGUUCACCUCAUCAAUUGGGUGUUUCUGUUUCAGUUUCAACUUCACCAACAUCAUUAACUUAUCAAAAUCAUAACUUGGCAUUGGUUGAAAUUGGGUACCCUCAGGUGCAUGGUAAUAUGGUGAACCAUCAGAACCAGAACCAGAAUCAUCAGAAUCUGAAUCAGAAUCAUUUGAUGUUGUCUGGUGGAAAAGAAGAUUUGUGUGCUUUGGCUAUGUUUGAAGAUAGUGUGAAGAAGUUAAAGAGUCCAAAAACAUCACCUGGUGCUUCUUUGAGUAAAGAACAGGUUAAUUCUGCUUUGGAUUUACUUGCUGAUUGGUUUUAUGAAUGUUGUGGUUCUGUUUCUUUGUCAACACUUGAGCAUAGAAAGUUUCAAGCUUUUCUAUCUCAGGUUGGUUUACCUGUAGGAAAUGGUUUAAGACGCGAAGUUUCUGGUCCAAGGCUCGACGCUAGGUUUAGCGAGGUUAAGAGUGAAUCCGAGGCGAAAAUUAGGGAUGCUAUGUUUUUUCAGGUAGCUAGUGAUGGUUGGAAGAGUUAUAAUAAUAGUAAUAUUAAUCUUAAUAGUAAUAGUAAUAAUAGGAAUUUGAAUGGUUUGUGUUGUGGUGGUGAGAGUUUGGUUAAGUUUAUGGUGAAUCUUCCAAAUGGGAGUAGUGUUUUUCAAAAGGCGGUGUUUACGGGCGGGGGAGUUGUGAAUUCGAAGUAUGCGGAAGAGAUUUUUUGGGAGACUGUGACUGGUGUUAGUGGAAGUGUUGUUCAGAGAUGCGUAGGGAUUGUUGCUGAUAAGUUUAAGGAUAAGGCAUUGAGGAAUUUGGAGAUUCAAAACCAUUGGAUGGUAAAUACUUCUUGUCAGCUUCAAGGGUUUCUUAGUUUAAUUAAGGAUUUUAACAAAGAACUCGAACUUUUCAGUGUUGUUACUAAGAAUUGUCUUAAAGUUGCGAAUUUUAUAGAUACUGAGUCUCAGGUGAGGAAUGUUUUUGUUAACUAUAGAAUGCAGGAGAUGGAGUAUGCCGGGUUGAUUCGAGUCCCUUCGCCGAAAUGUGACCCGUUGAAGAAUUUUGCGUCCGUGUUUCCGAUGCUUGAGGAUAUUUUGAGCUGUGCUAGAGUCAUUCAAAUGGUUGUGAUGGAAGAGGCGUUUAAGGUAAUGUUUAUGGAGGAUCCGCAUGCUCGAGAAGUGGCUGGUUUGGUUCAGAAUGAGGUGUUUUGGAACGAGCUCGAAGCUGUUUAUUCUCUUGUGAAGAUUAUUAAAGGUAUGGUUCAAGAUAUAGAGGCGGAGAGGCCGUUGAUCGGUCGGUGUUUGCCUCUUUGGGAGGAGCUAAAAACCAAAGUGAAAGAAUGGUGUGGAAAAUACAAUGUUGUCGAAGGACCUGUGGAGAAAAUACUCGAAAAACGGUUUCGAAAAAAUUACCACCCGGCAUGGUCAGCAGCGUUUAUACUCGAUCCACUUUACUUGAUCAAAGACACGAGUGGAAAGUAUCUUCCGCCGUUCAAGUUUUUGACGCGUGAACAAGAGAAAGACGUUGAUAAGUUACUUACACGGUUAGCUUCAAGAGAAGAAGCUCAUGUCGUGUUGAUGGAGCUAAUGAAAUGGAGAUCAGAAGGGCUCGACCCUCUUUACGCACAAGCUGUUCAAAUGAAACAAAGAGAUCCCUUGACUGGUAAGAUGAAAGUUGCAAAUCCGCUUAGUAGUCGACUUGUUUGGGAAACAUGUUUGUGUGAGUUUAAAUCUUUAGGGAAGAUUGCGGUGAGGCUCAUUUUUCUUCAUGCAACUUCAUGUGGAUUUAAGAGUAAUUGGUCUUUCAUGAAGAAAGUUUCUGGAAACAAAAACUCAAGAGUCGCAUUAGAAAGAGCUCAGAAAAUGAUAUAUAUUGCAGCUCAUGCAAAGCUUGAAAGGAGAAAUUUUUCGAGUGAGGAAGAAAAAGAUGCAGAAUUGUUUGCCAUUUCCGGAAGUGAUGAAGAUAGCAUGCUAGCUGAAGUUUAUGCUGAUGCAAUGCAAUCUUAGUGUAAUGCAUGGUUUUAAAUUGCGACUGCAACAUAAAAUAAUUCAAAUUUCUGCAACGGCAUCACAACCACAUUUUCCAGCAAUAUAAAGGUUCGCAACAUAACCAUGACCGUGUUUUAAAACCAUAGUGUUGUAAUGUGCUUCUUUUUUUACUUAUAUAGAUUUAUGUAAUUUUUUAGGAUUUAUCAUAUUCUUUCAAGAACUUUCUAUUAUUCUGUUAUAUCCAAUGGAAAAAAAUAUUCUUGACUUUGGGAUUGGAAUAGAAGAAUAUUAGAAGAGGUUUAAAAAAAAGCAUGUUGUUAGUGACUGUGUUAUUAUCAGCUUUGAUUCUAAAUUCUAAUGAAUCAUCAAUCUUUCAGCAUUUAUUUAUUUAUUUAUUUUAGCAUGACAACAAUCCAUGAAGAGAGCAAGAAGAAUGUGGCAAUUUGUUGAGUUAUUUUUUUAAUGAGAUUGGUUUUGAGUUCUA